UCGGAGAAGGGAACACUCAGUGCAGACACACUGAGAUGGGGGAGAGCCCAACCUGGUGAGCCCUCUCCAGGCCCAUGUGGCCGAAGAGCCAGAGUUGAAACGAGGCUCACUCUCGAGGUGAUGGAGGAGGACCGCAGCUUCAGCUGGUUCUCCUGGAACUCGGCUGCCCCGGAGAAGGCUGCUAAGCCCCAGGCCAUGGUCCCCUCUCCCCGGACCCGGAACCUGGGAGCCACGCCCUCACUGCCCGGCCCGCGGAGAGUGGGCCGGGCCGGGGAGCCGCCAGAGCCCAAGAUGGCUCGCCCCGCCCCAGCCCCAGCCAGCCCGGCUGCCCGCCCUUUCUCACACACCGGCUCGGGGAGGUUGAGAACUGGGCGUGGAAAAGACACAGUGGUUGGCAGUGACGAGGACUCCAGUGCCCGAAUUGCAGCUCGCCCGGCCCUAGGACAGUGCCGAACCCUCAGCGGGGACUGGGCAGGCCCUGGGAGUCCCCGCAGGCUCUACCUGACCGUGCGGCAAGCCCUGCAGGACAAGGGGUGCAAGAGCAAGAGUCAGGGGACGAAAGAAGACAAUCUCCCGAAGAGGCAGGCGCUGGUCCCCAGGCGGGACCGAGAGGCCCUGAAAGCUGGUGCUGCCACGAAUGUAGAGAAAACAGGUGGGCGGCUCUUUGGCAAAGGGAGGUGCUCGAGCCUGCCAGGGUCGCCAGGGGCGGCCCCUGAGGUGCAUAGGAUGGUGGAGGCCAUGUCCCAGCUUCAGAAGGAGAAAGCUCAGCUUCAGGAGGAGCUGGCAGUCCUACGGGAGAGGCUGGCCCUCCACGACAGUGACCAGCAAACCACAACCACCCAGCUGCAAAACCAGGUGGAAAAUCUCAAGGAGAAGCUCGUCAGCCAGGCCCAGGAAGUGACCCGCCUGCGAUCCGAGCUGGGAGGCACUGAAUUGGAGAAGCAGCGCCGGGACCCACUGAUGGUGGAGAAUGAGCGGCUGAGGCAGGAGCUAGGGCGCUACGAGGCUGAGCUGCAGGAGCUGUGUGCCCAGCCGGCAGCCACACCCUGCUUGGGCUGCAAGCACAGCCAGGAGAGCACCCAGCUCCGCCACAAGGUAUCCCAGUUGCAGCUGGAGGUGGCGGAGAACAAGGGCAUGCUGUCGGAGCUGAACCUGGAGGUGCAGCAGAAGACCGACCGGCUAGCUGAGGUGGAGCUGCGGCUCAAAGACUGCCUGGCUGAGAAGGCACAGGAGGAAGAGCGGCUCAGCCGACGCCUGCGAGACAGCCAUGAGACCAUUGCCAGCCUGCAGGCCCAGUCUCCACCUGUCAAGUAUGUCACCAAGACAGUGGAGGUGGAGUCGUCCAAGACCAAGCAGGCUCUCAGUGAGUCCCAGGCCCAGAACCAGCACCUGCAGGAGCAGGUGGCCAUGCAGCGGCAGGUGCUGAAGGAGAUGGAGCAGCAGCUUCACAGCUCAAAUCAGCUGACCACGCAGCUCCGGGCACAGAUCUCCAUGUAUGAGACAGAGCUGGAGCGGGCCCAUGGGCAGAUGCUGGAGGAGAUGCAGUCCAUGGAGGAGGACAAGAACCGGGCCAUUGAGGAGGCCUUUGCCAGAGCCCAGGUGGAGAUGAAGGCUGUUCAUGAGAACCUGGCAGGUGUCCGGACAAACCUACUGAUGUUGCAGCCAGCACUGCGGACCCUCACCAAUGACUACAAUGGGCUUAAGCGGCAGGUGCGCAACUUCCCAAUGCUGCUGGAUGAGGCCCUCCAGAGCGCCAAGGCUGAGAUUGACCAGAUCAUUGAGGAGGUCAACAGCAACAACCAUGACCUGCUUCGCAAGUACCGCCGGGAGCUGCAGCUGCGCAAGAAGUGCCACAACGAGCUUGUGCGGCUGAAAGGAAACAUCCGGGUGAUUGCUCGUGUUCGGCCCAUCACCAAAGAGGACGGGGAAGGACCCGAUGCGACCAAUGUUGUGUCCUUUGAUCCCGAUGAUGACGCUAUCAUUCACCUACUGCACAAGGGCAAGCCAGUGUCCUUUGAGCUGGAUAAGGUCUUCUCCCCGCAGGCCUCACAGCAGGACGUAUUUCAGGAGGUGCAGGCCUUGAUCACUUCCUGCAUCGAUGGCUUCAAUGUCUGCAUCUUUGCCUAUGGCCAGACGGGUGCCGGCAAGACAUACACGAUGGAGGGAACCCCCGAGAACCCAGGCAUCAACCAACGGGCCCUGCAGCUGCUCUUCUCAGAGGUUCGGGAAAAGGCAUCCGACUGGGAGUAUACCAUCACCGUCAGCGCUGCUGAGAUCUAUAAUGAGAUCCUCAGGGACCUGCUGGGGACAGAGCCUCAGGAGAAGCUGGAGAUUCGGCUGUGCCCAGACGGCAGUGGGCAACUGUAUGUGCCAGGGCUGACCCGGUUCCGGGUGCAGAGCGUGGCUGACAUCAACAAGGUGUUUGAGUUCGGCUAUGCGAAUCGCACCACGGAGUUCACCAACUUGAACGAGCACAGUUCCCGCUCUCAUGCCCUGCUCAUCGUGACUGUUCAGGGCCGGGAUUGCAGCACAGGCAUCCGCACCAUGGGGAAGCUGAACCUGGUGGAUUUGGCUGGCUCAGAGCGUGUGGGCAAGUCAGGUGCUGAGGGCAGCCGUCUGCGGGAGGCACAGCACAUCAACAAGUCACUGUCGGCCCUGGGGGACGUCAUUGCUGCCCUGCGCUCUCGCCAGGGCCAUGUGCCCUUCCGCAACUCCAAGCUCACCUACCUGCUGCAGGACUCGCUGAGUGGCGACAGCAAGACACUUAUGGUGGUGCAGGUGUCUCCUGUGGAGAAGAACACCAGCGAGACGCUCUACUCCCUCAGGUUCGCUGAGAGGGUGCGCUCCGUGGAGCUGGGUCCCGGGUCCCGCCGCACAGAGCUCGGGUCCUGGUCGAGCCAGGAGCAUCUGGAGUUGGAGCCAACUUGCCAGACACCACAGCCAACAGCUCGAGCGCACUCAGCCCCUGGCUCUGGGACCUCCAGCCGUCCUGGCUCUAUCCGGAGGAAGCUGCAGCCGUCAGAUGGGAAAACCAGGCCCCAGGAGAGAAGGCGCCAGGUCAAGAUCCUUGGAGGCAGGCCAUCCUGGCUCUCGCACAACACCUCCAAGCCUGACGGCUGGGGCUGCAGUCUCCAGGGAAAAUGAGACCGGUGCCUGUGUAAGGACAAGGAUGUGCCACCCUACUGGGCCUGGAGUCGGCCUGCUCCUGCUGCAGCAUCAGGGAUGGAAGUGGAGGCCCUCCUGUUCUGCAGCAGAGAUGAGAGACUCAGAAGGAAGUGCUGUCUUGGCUGUUGCUCUGGGUCCAAGUGGCAUAGCAGGAAUGGCCUAUUCUGCCUGGCAGGCUCUGGGCAUCAGAGCUGGUCCUCAUGGGUAGGGCAGGCCUCUUGCUGGGCUGGCCCAGCUCCUUUCCUGAGCCAGAGGGCCGGCCCGGCAGCCCCCUUCUAGUGCAUGGCCCAAGAGGCCUCUGGGAAGGCACAGGGGCUCCACGGUACAGGUCUGAUUUAGUGGGCAUCGAGGGGCAUCCCACAGGGGUGUGUACAGUGGUACAGUGUACUCAUAGAUGUACAAAGGAGCCCGGCCACCUGCCAUGGCCGGGCUAUAUUUAUGGCUGGCAGAAAAGGCCAGUGGGCAAGGUUCUUUCCCCUCACCUGCCUGGCACCAGGUAUUCUCCUUGCUCACUGGCUUCCUGACAUUUUCCUCCCUCUGAAAUCCUAUUUAAGAACUUUUGGAAUUUAGCCAUUUUUAUUAAAAUAAAAACCUUUUUACACAA